ACUUCUCACUUCAUUCUAGUUCCACUUCCACAAUGGGCACUCAUCAGUUGGUCACCAUUUGAGAGCAGUCUAGCAUUCAUGAACUAUCUGAGUUCUGAAGAAGGGUUGGACAACUACCCUCUGAAACACGAAAGGUUAUUAGUUAUGACUAUGCUUGUCACGGCUAUCUGGGAAGUGUCUGCUCUUUCAUUGAACCAGUCAGUGUUCUCAGGUUCGUCAGUAUAGCUCCAUGAUUCCAUAUUCCACUCUGCAAUAAGGGUGGUAGAUUUGUGCUUGUGGGUCUGCCUCCUCAAGACAAUUCUGCAGCUGCGGACAAAAGUCUUUCUGUAGAUAUCUGAUCCAGUUAAAGCCCAAACCUUUAAGCAAUCCAAUAUCUUAUUUCCACUGAGGCCUGAGGGUGUAGAAAAGUCUUUCUUCUUCCUCCACCAGCCAUGGCCUCUUUUAUUUAGCAUCACACAUAGACCUAGAACAGUGAAAUGGCCAAAGGACAAGAAAAGGUAGAAUUAUCAAUUGUGGGAAUCUAACUUUUGGGGGCUCAAAAGUGAAUCAAGGAAAAGGAAAUAACAAAAAAGCAGCACCAAUGUGAUCACAGAGUCAAGCAAAAAGACAAGCCUUGUUGUUGGUAUCUACUUUGUGCCAGAAAGAGACUCCAUGCUCAUCUUGACCGGAAAUGCGGAAAGCCAGCCAUACCCUUUAUCUAGCCCAGCCCUAUUUUAGUUAAGAAGAAUAUGCAUCAAAGAUCUGCUCCUGAGUUUAUAUGAUUUCGAAUCAAUGAUUCAUCUUAACCCUAAGAAGAAUCAUUGAUACUAACUACCAAAGUUGGUGGCCUCACUUAAGGAAGACUUCUUGGUCUCCUUUUUAUCCUUUUUGUGUGGUUGUCGUUGUUCUGGUUCUAGGUAAGCAAGUAUGAUGAAACUAGCUUUCUUUCAUAACUUUUUGGAAACCCAUAUAUCAGAAGGUCCCUUUGCCACUUCAAUUAUUACAGGUCUUUAGCUUUUAGGAUCUUUAUAUUGAGAACAUGAUCUACGGGUAGGCAACCACAGAGCCUACAUUGAAUUGGAAAAGCAUGGCAGUCCAAUGCUCUCUUGAAUUAGCUAAAGAUUCCUGCUGUGAUGAUGAUGGGCGUCAGAUCAGAACUGGAACCUAUUGGACAUGUAUUGCCCAUAUAAUAACUGCAGUUAUUGGAUCCGGGGUUCUGUCUCUGGCAUGGAGCAUUGGACAGUUGGGAUGGAUUGCAGGGCCUAUUUCCAUGCUUUGUUUUGCAAUUGUCACUUAUGUUUCUUCCUUCCUCCUAUCAGAUAGUUACAGAUCUCCCCACCCAGUAACAGGAACAAGAAACUACACUUACAUGGAUGCAGUUAAAGUGAACCUGGGUAAGAAGCAGACAUGGGUCUGUGGUUUGCUUCAAUAUCUGAGCAUGUAUGGGACUGGUAUUGCUUAUGUAAUUACUACAUCGACCAGUAUGAGAGCAAUUCAAAGAUCAAACUGCUUCCAUAGAGAAGGACACCAGGCUUCAUGUGCAUAUGGAGAUAGUUUUUAUAUGUUACUAUUUGGAGCUAUUCAAAUUGUCUGCUCUCAGAUACCCAAUUUUCAUAACAUGGAAUGGCUUUCCAUAGUUGCAGCAAUUAUGUCCUUCUCUUACUCUUCCAUUGGGUUAGCUCUCGGCUUUGCCAAAGUAAUAGGGAAUGGAAGGAUCAAGGGAAGCAUUGCGGGAGUCUCRACAGAUACAGCAGCUCAAAAAGUAUGGACAGUCUCUCAAGCACUUGGAGACAUUGCUUUUGCUUACCCAUACUCCAUAAUUCUAAUUGAGAUACAGGAUACUCUGAAAUCGCCACCACCAGAAAACCAGACCAUGAAGAAGGCCUCAAUGACUGCAAUCUUCAUUACUACCUUCUUCUAUCUCUGCUGUGGAUGCUUUGGUUAUGCAGCCUUUGGGGACCAGACACCAGGGAACCUCUUGACAGGAUUUGGAUUCUAUGAGCCUUACUGGCUUAUCGAUUUUGCUAAUGCUUGCAUCGUUCUUCAUCUAGUUGGAGGAUAUCAGGUAUACAGUCAGCCAGUGUUUGCAUUUGUGGAAAAAUGGUUGCAAAACAAGUUCCCAAACAAUGGAUUUGUGAACAAAUUUUACUCCAUCAAGAUCCCAUUGUUGCCAGCUGUUAAAAUGAAUCUCCUGAGGUUGUGCUUUAGAACUGCUUAUGUUUUGUCAACAACUGGUAUUGCAAUGCUCUUCCCAUACUUCAACCAGGUAUUGGGAGUGCUGGGUGCUCUGAACUUUUGGCCAUUGGCUAUUUAUUUCCCUGUGGAGAUGUACUUCGUUCAGAAAAAGAUAGAGCCCUGGGCAAGAAAAUGGGUUGUCCUUCGGACUUUUAGUGUCAUUUGCUUGCUUGUAACCAUGGUGGCCUUAGUUGGAUCAGUUGAAGGUCUUAUCAGUGCAAAACUAAGCUGAGAAACUCUUGGUCAAUAUUCCCUACAACUUGUAAAGAAAAGAAAUGAUCAAUAAAUGAAUGAAUGAAUCUACUGAUCAUUUUAUUCUA